AGUGGGAGAGACUGUGAGAGAAACAAGCCGGCACGGCAGACCGCAGUCAUAAGCCAUUGUUUGUAUUGAGAGCUUCUUUGGGGUGAGUGAGUAAUCAAUACCACAAUUGAGCGAAAGCAUGGCAACAAACGGAAUUUCCACCAAUUCCCAGCCACUAAUUCCAGUUUUUGAUGAGUUUUGGUCAAUCAACAUGAAAACCCUCCUCAAAUCGCAAGAGCUAUGGGAAAUUAUUGAAGAUCUGGAGCAAUCAGUGAGUGACUCACGAAUUGCCUCUGGAAAAACAUCGAAGGAGGCUUGGCGAACUCUAAUAACCGAAUUCCAUGGCUCGGCAAAGGAACCUUGGAAAGUGUGAGCCAAGAUAUCCCUAAUCUUGAAGAACCACUUUUAGAGCAUACUAAUAAUAAGGCGGCUAAGGCGGCCGCCGGAGGUUCUAAUUAUACCGCGACUCCUUAUGAAAGUGCUAGUCUUUUGAGUCGUCUUACUUUCUCUUGGUUAACUCCUUUACUUGCAUUGGGGGUUGAGAAAUCAACUUUAGACCUCGACGACAUCCCUCAACUAGGCAUUUCUAAUAGUGUAUUUCGAGCAUUUCCCUUGUUCCAAAAUAGGCUCCUUAAUCACGAUGAUAAUGUUGUUGUUACUACUGAAUAUGGUCUUGCCAAGGCGUAUUUCUUGUUAGCUUGGAAAGAAAUUAUUUGGACGGCUUUUUUGGGGAUCGCAUGCACAUUAGCUCGUUAUGUUGUUCCAUAUCUCAUUGACAGUUUUGUUCAAUGUCUUAAUGGGAUAGAAAGUUUCGAAUAUCAAGGCUAUAUUCUUGCUUUGAUCUUCUGUUCUGCGACUUAUCUUGAGGGUUUUAUAUGGAGACAUUGGAUCUUUAUAUUGCAACAUGUUGGAAUUAGGUUCCGUGCAGUGACAACAGUAAUGCUCUACAACAAGAGUUUAAGACUUCCCUGUUGGUCCUCAUCGCAAUUGCAAGGCGGCGAGGGCCAAGCUAGUGGUGGUAGUGGAGGAGAACUUAUCAAUGCUGUGGCUGUUGAUGUGGAGGCAAUUCGGAGUUUCACUGUGUACAUGCAUGAUAUAUGGUUAAUCUUUUUGCAAAUUGGUUUGGCCUUGCUGUUAUUAUACAGGAAUUUGGGGUUCUUUGCAUCUGUUGGUGCUUUCGUUGUGACAGUAGUUUUUAUGUUAUCAAAUUCUGUUUUUGUUGCCUGGCAAGAUAAAUGUCAAACAAGACUAAUGGAGUCUAAGGACAACAGAAUGAAAGUGACUAUGGAAACUCUGAGGAAUAUGAGGGUUCUUAAAUUCCAGGGAUGGGAAUUGAGUUUUCUGUCAAAGAUUGUUCAGCUCAGAAAGGUUGAAAUGCAAUGGUUAAAGAAACGUAUGUUUAGUACCGCGGUUAUGGAGUUUUUCUUUGGAGUUGGUCCAACAUGUGUGGCUCUGGUUGCUUUUGGUUCUUGUAUAUACAUGGGUAUCCCACUUGAAAUGGGGAAGAUUCUAUCUGCACUUGCAACCUUUCGUGUCCUUCGAGAGCCAAUCUUCCUCCUCCCUGACACACUGUCUGUGCUAAUCCAAGCCAAGGUUUCCCUUGGCAGAAUUGCCUCUUUCCUUUCCGUUGAUGAGAUCCAAGACGAUGUCAUACAAAAGCUUCCAUUAGGUAGUUCUGAUACAGCAGUUGAUAUUGUUGAUGGGAACUUCACUUGGGAUGAUAUUUCUUUGCCUACUACUACAUUAGUAUUAAAAGACAUAAACUUCGAAGUUUCUCAUGGGAUGAAGGUUGGCAUAUGUGGUACUGUAGGUGCAGGAAAGUCGAGCUUGUUAUCUUGCAUUCUGGGUGAAAUGCCGAAGAUCUCAGGGGCAGUCAGGUUGUGUGGAACAAAGGCCUAUGUUGCUCAGUCACCUUGGAUACAGAGUAGUACAGUUCGAGAGAAUAUUCUAUUUGGGAAGAACAUGGAUCAAGAAAGAUAUGAUCAAGUACUCGAAGCUUGUUGUCUCAAGGAGGACCUCGAUAUACUCUCAUUUGGCGAUCAAACUGUUAUUGGUGAGAAAGGUAUCAACUUAAGUGGUGGACAAAAACAAAGGAUACAAAUAGCUCGCGCUCUCUACCAUGAUGCAGAUAUCUAUUUAUUUGAUGACCCUUUUAGUGCUCUUGAUGCUCACACAGGCUCCCAUUUAUUCAAGGAAGUUUUGCUUGGUCUACUGAGCAGAAAAACUGUUAUUUAUGUUACUCAUCAAGUCGAGUUCUUAAACGCUGCUGAUCUAAUUGUGGUCAUGAAAAACGGAAGGAUUUCACAAGUUGGAAAGUAUGAUGACAUUCUGUUUCAAGGGUCAGAUUUAAUGCAACUUGUAGGCGCACAAAAUACAGCUCUCUCGACACUCAAUUCCAAUACCAUGACAACAUCAGUUCCUGCAGAUGCUGCUGCUGGAAGUCAUGAAGCUGCAGCAGCAAAUGACGGAGGUGUUGCUGCUGGUUCGCCACCUGCAGCACAGCUCGUAAAAGAUGAAGAAAGAGAGAUAGGUAGUGUUGGUUUUCCGGUCUACUGGAAGUACAUUACAACUGUAUGUGGAGGAGCUCUGGUGCUUCUUACAAUUCUGGCCCAAAUUCUCUUACAAAUUCUCCAGAUUGGAAGCAACUACUGGUUAACAUGGGCAGCUCCUUCAUCAGAGGCUGUCAGACCUACUGUUAGUGGGUCGACGUUUAUGAUUGUCUAUACAUCCUUGGCUAUUGGUAUAUGCUUGUUAAUCAUUAUUGGAGACAUUCUUACUCUAGUCACAGGAUAUAAAACUGCUACCAUACUCUUUGGAAAUAUGCUUCAAAGAAUCUUCCAUGCUCCUAUGUCCUUUUUUGAUGCUACGCCUACUGGAAGGAUUCUCACCAGAUGUUCAACAGAUCAAACUGCUGUGGAGACGGAAAUUCCAUCCUUACUAGGAAACCUCGUCUUCCACUCCAUCCAACUUCUGGGAAUCAUUGCUGUGAUGUCUACUGUGGCCUGGCAAGUUUUAGUCAUUUUUAUCCCCUUAUUAUUCACCGUCAUCUGGUAUCAGAGAUAUUGUAUGCCUUCCUCGAGAGAACUGUCACGAUUAGGCGGAGUAUGUGAAGCUCCGGCUAUUCAGAACUUUUCUGAAACAAUUUCCGGAAUAACAACUAUUCGUAGCUUUGAUCAACAGUCAAGUUUCCAGCCAAACUAUAUGAAAAUAGUUGAUGCAUAUUCUCGCCCUCAAUUUUAUGCUGCCGCUUCAAUGAAAUGGCUAAUGUUACGGUUGGAUGCAUUCGCUUGUAUUACAUAUGCUUUCCUUUUGGUACUCUCUCUGUACUUUGCAGGACGGAUACAUCCUGCAAUUGCUGGCUUAGCUGUGACAUACGGGCUCACCUUAAAAGGUACGCUAUCUGAUGUGAUAUGGUGUGUGUGCAAUUGGGAAACCAGAAUGGUAUCUGUAGAGAGAAUUCUUCAGUACAUGUCUAUUGAUUCUGAGGGUCCUCUUAUAAUACAAGCAAACAGACCGGAUUGUUCUUGGCCGUCAUGUGGUGAGAUAAGUAUUCAAAAUUUACAAAUCCGGUAUGCUCCACAUUUGCCACUCGUGCUACAUGGUGUGACAUGCACUUUUCCGGGAGGAAUGAAAACCGGUGUUGUUGGACGAACGGGCAGUGGUAAAUCAACUCUAGUACAGGCUUUGUUUAGGAUUGUGGAACCUACAUCCGGUCGUAUUGUUAUUGAUGGUAUUGAUAUCUCAUCUAUUGGACUCCAAGAUUUAAGGUCAAAACUAAGCAUCAUUCCUCAAGAUCCAACCAUGUUUCAAGGAACUAUACGAAGCAAUUUGGAUCCACUUGAGCAGUACACCGAUAAACAAAUAUGGGAGACCUUGGAUAAGUGCCAACUUGGAGAUGAAGUACGAAAGAUGGAGAGAAAAUUGGACUCCAAUGUUACUGAAAACGGAGAGAAUUGGAGCAUGGGACAAAGACAACUAGUUUGUCUAGGACGCGUAAUACUCAAGAAGAGUAAGGUGCUGGUACUCGAUGAAGCAACUGCUUCAGUGGACACAACCACUGAUAAUCUCAUCCAACAAACACUUAAACACCAUUUCUCUAAUUGUACCGUCAUUACCAUUGCGCAUCGCAUCACUUCAGUUCUUGACAGUGACAUGGUUUUGCUUCUCAGUCACGGGGUGGUUGAGGAGUAUGAUUCUCCGACGAGGUUGUUACAAAACAAGUUAUCCUCAUUCUCACAAUUGGUAGCAGAAUAUACAACAAGGUCCUCGGAUUCAAAUACACACCUUUGAGAACAAAAGUUGACUCACAGGAAUUUGGUCAACUCUAUCUAAAUGUACCACAAUUUUGCCAAGUAGAUACACUUCAUGAUUCCAAUGUGUAAAUCUGUUUUGAUUAGUAACAUUGAAACUCAGGUUACAAUCAUUUAUACGAAUUAUACAUAGAUUUAAAUGCAA